ACUGUCAGUCAGCCUUCCAGCUUUGCUGUGUAGUGUUCAACUGCGCUUUUAGUUGAUCAGAAUUAGCUUUGCAGCAAGUCGCGACGCGAGUGUCGGGGUUAUUUCGGAAAUCUCUCUCCUUUUUACUUGAUGUGUGAACCUUUUUCCGUUUAGCGGAGUAGCACCUGUGCUGGUUGUUUGUCCGAAAACAACCCGGCUCCGAUGGUUUAAAAAGAUUUCUGGGAUUUGUUCGUUGGGAUCUGCAUUUCUAACACCAGACCAAAUGACCAUCCUCUUGGUGAAGGGUUGCUCAAGGAACUUGUAGCUGACCAAAAGCCAAAGAAUGGGGAAACCCCAGUCAAAACACGUAGCGUGUAAACAGAGAGAGAAUCCCGAAGGACACAGUUUUGUGGUAAACGCACGGAGGGGUUUGGAAGAAGGCGAGAGGUACGGCGCUCCAGAGCACAAAAUCAAAGACGGACAGGAGUUACAAAGUGGAGAGCUGAAAGAUGGCCAGUUCUUUGAGCAUCACUGUCCCCUAGAGGUGGUGCUACCGCCAGAGAAAGCUGAGGGGUGUGAGAGUUACACCCAGUAUAUUCAUCAGGAGGAUGGGGAGAAAGAGAUCACGAAGGACCUCUGUAAAGGGAGUGGAAGAAAGAGGAUCAACCUAGAUGAGCUGGAGUGUGACGUGUCUGUGGAAGAUGACAACAGGCAGGAGUGGGUCUUCACGUUGUAUGAUUUUGAUAACAGUGGGAAAGUCACCAAAGAGGACAUGUCCAGUUUAAUGCACACCAUUUAUGAAGUGGUCGAUGCCUCAGUGAAUCACUCCUCCAACAGCAGCAAGACGCUGCGAGUGAAGCUGACUGUCACUCCCGAGCCCUCUGGCAAGAAGAAGGACGCUUCUGGACCUGGGCUCGAUCGAGAAGCUGCCCGCUACAGAGGUGAACCUGCACACCUGGAAGAUGAGCGCUGUGGGGACAGACGACUUUCCACUCACAUCAGAAAACCGAACAACGAUCAGCCACCCCACAAUGAAGGCAACCACUACUGUGUGGAUGAGAACACGGAAAGAAGAAAUCAUUACCUGGACCUGGCUGGGAUAGAAAACUAUACAUCCAGAUUUGAAGCAGGGUCCCCACCACUGCAACUCAGACAGGAGCAACAUGGGAAGAGUUCUCAUUCACAAAGCCGUUCGCGGUCUCAGGAGGCCGAGGCUCACAACAUCCAGCACCGCCGGUCCCAAGUCCUGGGCGAUUACUUCCCUCUGCUGGGAGACCCCUUGAACAGGGGCCUGGAGGGGCAGCUGAGGGGGAAAGGCCUGGAAAAGCAGUUCCUGAAGUCUCCCAAAGGCACCUCCAGGGGGCCGGGAGUUUUGGGAGGAACUGGUGGGGGCAAGUCGAGCAAAUGCCACACCUACUACGCUCCCCACGCCACCUCACAGGCUGGAAUCGGGGGGCAGGAUGUAUACCACCUCCAGCCUCAGCAGCAGCCCCCGCCCUCGGUACAGCUGCCCCAGCAGCACAGCCACAAAAAGCUGCGACCAAAAGGAAGGGAAGUUCUCUCCCCCUCAAAGGGCAGCCACUGCCAGCCGGCCGUGGCGGAGCAGGAGCCGAAGCGCGAUUAUUCGGCGGCCCACCACAAUGGGGGUUACAUCAUGCCCGUGGUGCAGAGACACGAGCAUCACCACCACCAUGAACACCAUCACCACCACCACUACCACCACUACCACCAGACAUGACCGCCACCUCCUGCUGGGACACGCCAGGAAUACAGCACUGCCACCUUGUGGGAACGGGCAGGGAAAACCAGUGUCCAGACUAGAGACCUCUUCCGCACACUUCUUCUCAUGGUUUCAUUUACCAGUCAGCCACCCUGUGGUGAAAGCCUUGGAAAGUGUGGGACAGCAGCUGGAUAUGAAAAGAACCCAUUUAAGCGCGUUUAUAGAAAGCGUUCGCUCGUUAUUCAAAAACGUUAUUGAAAGCAUUCGCUCGUCAAACCUAUGAAAAGGGUUUCCAGAUCCUCCUGCUGGAAUCUUUCACACCUUGUAGAAAACAAAAUUGGUGCUACUUGUAUAGUUCUUGCCGAGACGGAAGUUGUGAUCUUGUUUCUUGUCCCAGAAGGAUGAGAGUAAAUGUUGAAAGCUGUUUUUCUGAUUCACCCCAAUUUGUUUGCUCGACAAAUGGAUCUCAGGUGUCAGGUGUUGCAGGUGGAAGCCUAGCAUACUGUAGACUGCUGACUUGGACAUUUGAAACUUGUUAAUCACCACUGCCAUUUAAAUGCAAAAUAUCUUUUUAUAUAUAAAAAUCUACAGAAAUAUACAUAUAUAACUUUAUGUAGUUAUAUAUUACAUAUCACUGUGUCUUUUAUGUAUUUUAAUAAACUUGAUUAUUAAAAAUAGUGUUCUUUUUAUUUUAUAGAGUGAAAU